UAGUAAGCUAACAUAUCUAGAGAUACUUAACAUGCAAGGUAAUUUUUUAGAAGGAAACAUCCCAAAUGAUUUUUCUAAACUUUCAACUACAUUUCUUGACCUAGCUGAAAACCAUCUUUGGGGCUCUUUACCAUCAAUAUUCAACUUAACAAGUUUAUACCAUCUACAUUUGCAUGGAAAUGAAUUCACAUGGUCACCAUCAGUUUAUUUUGUGAACAAUUCAAAUAUGGUGACUUUGGAUAUAGGAGAUAACAACCUAUAUGGUAGUAUUCCUCAUUGGAUAAGUGAGCUAUCUAAUUUGAGAGUUCUUUUUGUUGAACAGAACCAUUUAGGUGGUAAAAUACCAGAAUACUUGUGCCAAUUGACUUGGAUAAGCUUAAUGGAUCUUUCCCAUAACAGCUUUUCUGGAUCAAUACCUCCAUGUCUCAAUAACAUCACAUUUGGGAGGAUAAGAAGCCCAGAGGCACCUAAAUAUUUUGGGUAUUACCCAAUCUCUGAAUUCCAUUUCCAUUCAAAUUUAAACUUGGAUGAGGAUUACAUAAGUUGGGAAUAUGGUGAAGUAGAUGAAGUGUUCAUUACAAAAAGUAGGUCUAAUUCCUUUAAGGGUAAGAUCCUUGAGAUUAUGUUUGGGUUGGAUUUAUCUUGCAACAAUCUCAUAGGUGAGAUCCCACAUGAAUUAGGAGACUUGACUGGAAUCCGAGCAUUAAAUUUGUCAUACAAUCAAUUGACUGGAUCCAUUCCAAGAACUUUUUCAAACCUAACACAAGUAGAGAGUUUAGAUCUUUCCUACAACAACCUAAGUGGGGAAAUCCCUUCAGAACUAACCUCACUAUAUACUCUUGAGGUAUUCAGCGUGGCACACAACAACUUAUCAGGAAGGACACCAGAAAUGAAAGCACAGUUCUCAACUUUCAGUGACACAAGUUAUGAGGGAAACCCAUUUCUUUGUGGUCCACCUUUACCAAGAACCUGUUCAGAAUCCGGUGGAAAACCAACCAGCAGCACGCCCACAGAAACUUCAAAUGGCGUCGAGAAGGAGGAUGAUAUCGACAUGAACAUGUUUGUUUGGUUCUCUACAUCAACCCUUAUUGGCGACGAAUGUGGUUUUGCUUCAUCGAAGAAUGUUUUCUUAGAUACUUACUAUGAGUUAUCCAAAUCCAUAAUUUCUAUUGAAGUGGAACACGAGAUCUUGCCUGGGCCCAGCAUUUUGACAAGCAGGGCACAAACCCACUGCGCUUCAGCACUCGCGGCUGCUUAUAAAAUGUUGAAAGUGUAUAUACCGGAAGCUGUUCAAGAUUCAAACUUUGAACGUCUUAGAGGUUUGAACCUUGAUCUUUGA